AUGCGGAUUGAAGACGACGAGAUUACACGAAUGGUUUCUCAGCGACCAGCAGGGGGCAGCAGCGACAGGAGGUCGUACACCCCAAGGAACAACAGCUGGAGACACCAACCAUACAACCGCCAGAAUCAGGUACAAAAUGUCAAUCAAUAUGAUGAUACUAACAGUGUUUACAGGAAUGAACGGGUCGUUUAUCCCCCCAUCUCCGAGUAUGGCUUCAACGUCGACAUCGGAGGCGUGGUGAACGCCCUUCAAAGUGUAGGUGGUACCGUCAGAUGGCCUAAGAAGAGCGACAGACCAGACUCUACGAAGGACAUGAGCAGGUGGUGCGACUUCCACCGCGACAAUGGCCACACAACCGAGGAAUGCAUCUCCCUCAAAAAGGAGGUGGCGUAUCUAUUGAAAAGAGGCCACCUGAAGGACCUACUGAGCGACAAAGGAAAGGAGACGUACAACAAGGAUAGCAACUCCCAACCCAACCCAACACCAAGCGGCGACCGACCGGCCCCGCCCACGUUCGAAAAAGUGGUAAACGUUAUUUCUGGUGGCUCAGAUAUAUGUGGACUAACUUCUUCUGCAGCUAAAAAAAUCAACAGGGGCGAAUCUGAAGCCGUCAAAGAGGGGCAGACCGAAGACAAAGUAGCACUCGACAAGUCAUUAGCAGCGAUGAUAAUAACCUUCGACGACUCAAAUUCAACCGACACACUACAGGAACAUCAUGACGGGCUAGUCAUAUCGCUCCCAAUAGGCAACGCUCUCAUCAAAAGGAUAUUGAUCGACAACGGCAGUGCAGCAAACGUAUUGUUCCUAGAGGCUCUGCAGGAAAUGGGACUAGACUAA